UGCACUGACUAUGGGAGUCUGUGUUCGACUUCGGACCAAAGCACGUCGACCAUCACCGCCAUAUGAAGCCAACGGGGCUUUCUGGGUAACUUUCAGGAGGCUCCGGAGCAGGAGUGACUCUCCUCCACCUCUAAUCAUUUACUCGCCACCUGUUUCCUCCCGGCUGCUGCACCAGCUCCGGCAUCUUGCCCGCUUUCAGCCAAACUACGCGACUUGAUAUUAUUCUAGGAUAACAGCGGCUACAAUUUUCCCCCCUCGAAAUAACGACAGCCUGGGACAUUUUCUUGGGCAGCAAUGGCAGAACAUCUCUCCCAGAGUGAACUGGACUACCCAUUUAAACUUCUGGAGUAUUUCAACGGCUUCAGAGUGUCAAAGAUGAUAUUCUCGGCCUGCGAGCUCGGCGUCUUCGACCUCCUGCUGAAGUCCCAGGACGCCCUGAGUGCUCAACACGUGGCGCAGGAACUGGGCACCAGCGUGGACGGGAUGGAGCGGCUGCUGGAUGCCCUGGUGGGCAUCGAGAUCCUGGAGGUGGAGAGGGCCGACGGGACGGCUCUGUACAGCAGCACAGACGUGGCUAACCUUUACCUGGCCAAAGGCAGCGCCAAAUCUCUUCACGACAUGAUCAUCUACCGCUCCCAAACCGUCUACCCGCUGUGGAACAACCUGGCGGACGCCAUCAGGGAGGGGAGGAACCAGUACGAAAAGACCUUCGGUCUUCCAUCUGCCCACUUUUUCCAAGCUAUUUACAGGUCCGAGGAGGAGAUGCUGAAAUUCAUGGGGAUCAUGAGCUGUCACUGGGUUCUGGACGGACACGACGUUGUGACGGCGUUCGACCUCUCCCGCUUCCAGAAGGUCGUCGAUCUGGGAGGUGAGGACUCGCGCCCGUCCACUCUCGCCGCCCGCUGCUGCGUUGUCGGUGGCUGUAAAAAAUCUGUGCUGUGUGUUCAAAAACUCCCAGGUUGCACUGGUGCUCUGGCCAAUGAAAUGGCGAGAGCGUACCCCGCCUCGUCCGUCACCGUGUUUGACCUGCCGGAGGUGGUGGAAGCGGCUCAGAAACAUUUCAAACAGGAGGACAGUGGCGUUACAUUUCAAUCAGGAGAUUUCUUCAGCGGUGAAAUUCCCAGUGCAGACUUGUAUGUGUUGGCCAGAGUCAUUCAUGACUGGCCUGAAGAGAAGUGCCUGGCGCUGCUGAAGAAGAUCUACGAGACUUGUAAGCCGGGUGGGGGCGUCCUGCUGGUGGAGGCGCUGCUGUUUGAAAACAGACGAGGACCCAUCAUGGCGCAGAUCUUCUCCCUCAACAUGCUGGUGCAGACGCAGGGCAGGGAGCGCACCCCGUCCGAAUACACUCACAUGCUCAACAAGUCGGGCUUCCGCAACGUCCAGGUCUGCCGGACCGGGAAGUCCUAUGAUGCCAUCUUGGCCGUCAGAUGAGCACGGAAACACUCUGACAGGGAAAUGAUGAGAGCACUGAUUUAAAAUCUUGAUUUAAAAUAAUGAGUUGUUGUGUUGGGGAUUAGGAGACAUAAACGUAAAACUUGAACCUUUGUCAAAAGAAAUCUUGUUUACCCAGCUCUUGGAUUUGGGUCAUAGUUCAACCUUCUCACAUUCUGUGAUCCACUUCCUGUUCACUGUGAUGCUGCCUGGCUCCUUCUUAACUUGCACAUUAAUCAAGUUCCUCAUAUAGUCGAUUGUUUGUUCAGAAAAUAAUUUCCGAUUAUUCAUCACUGUGACACUGUUUACCAGCCUCUUGGAGGUGCUUUUAUGGUUCUGCUCAGCUGUUUGGUCCCUUCAUCCUGGUGCUACUUUGUAAAACUUGGUGCAAAUCCUUAUAUAACCGAACAAACUUACCUACAUUUAAAGACUGUUUACAGCAGGGGUAUCAAACUCCAGUCCUCGAGGGCCACUGUCCUGCAGUUUUUAGAUGUGCCACAGGUACGAAAUGCUGGAAGGA